AUGGUGGCCGAGGGGGACCGGAGCCUUCUGGCCGCGCGUCAGGGGGACGUGCAGGCGCUCAAGACUGGGCUCGCGGCCGGAGAGCUCACGCCGGAGGUGAAGGACUCUCUGGGGGCCACUCCAGUGCAUCACGCCGCCCGCUGCGGGAGGUUAAGCUGUCUGCGCUUCUUGGUGGAGGAGGCUGCGCUGCCCGGGAACUCUCUGGCCAACAACGGAGCCAGCCCGGCGCACGACGCAGCGGCCACCGGACACCUGGCGUGUCUCCAGUGGCUGCUGACCCAGGGAGGAUGCUGCCCAGAGGGUAAGGACAGCUCAGGGGCCACCGUCCUGCACCUGGCAGCCCGCUUCAGUCACUCUGAGAUCACAGAGUGGCUGCUGAAGAGUGGGGAGGGGGACCCCGGGGCCACCACAGAAACAGGGGCCCUUCCACUUCACUACGCCGCUGCCAAGGGAGACCUGGCCUCACUCCGCCUGCUGCUGGGACACAGCCCAAAUGUCGUCAACGUGCAAACUAAAAACGGUGCCACAGCGCUCUACCUGGCCUGUCAGGAGGGCCACCUGGAGGGGGUCCAGUUCCUGGUGAAGGACUGCGGAGCGGAUCCCAGCAUCAGGGCCAACGACGGAAUGACGCCUCUGCACGCCGCCGCUCAGAUGGGCCACAACACGGUCAUCGUGUGGCUGGUGAGCUUCACAGAGGUCAGCCUGCUGGACAAAGACGGGGACGGGGCCACAGCGAUGCACUUUGCAGCGAGUCGAGGCCACGCUAAAGUCCUGAGCUGGCUGCUGCUGCACGGCGGCGAGAUCAUCACCGACAGUUGGGGGGGCACGCCGCUGCACGACGCCGCUGAGAACGGAGAACUUGAGUGUUGCCAGAUCCUCGUGGUGAAUGGGGUGGACCUGGGAAUUCGAGACCAGGACGGCUUCACUGCAGCAGAUCUGGCGGAGUACAACGGACAUCCCCAGUGUGCCAAAUACCUGCGCACCGUGGAGAACAUGAGCGUAGAGCACCGGGUCCUGUCGCGGGACCCGUCCACAGAGCUGGAGUACAAGCAGCCAGACUCAGGGCUGUCGUCCCCCAACACCACCAUGCCCCCUGCGCCGCCGCCCCCCGCGCCCUUCCACACGGGCUCCUCCAGCUCGCUGUCCAACUACGACUCAGCCAACUCCAGCCAGUCCAGCACCGGAGAGAAGAGGAGCAGCACCGGGAACGCUCAGGGGCCCAACGCUCAGGAACCCACUGCACAGGCCGUCACAGGCGCAGGGGACUCCUCCAUAUCAGACAUGCAGGCCUACAUGGACAUGCUCAACCCGGACACACAAGCGAAGGCCCCAAACCCACCGCCCCCGCCGCCCGGCUACCCCCCUCCCCCUCCUCCGCCAGGUCCCCCCGUGCCCCCCCCUCCGCCAGGCUUCCCGGCCCCGCAGGCCCCGCCCAAGGAGCAGACCUCGGCCGAGUUCCUCAAGGUGAAGAGCAACCUGAGGCACGUGGAGAGCAGCGCCGGCAAGAACAAGCUCACGGUGGGAGAAGGUCACGAUAAACUGCGGCGUGUGGAUUCCAACCGUCGAUCGAGGAGCUUCAGCAAACAGCCCAGCACUGGGGACUAUUAUAAGAGUCUGGGCGACACGGCCGAGCCCCGUGGGAGCAGAGCGAUGGCCCCCAACGAGGAGGGCUCUGCGUUACUGGAGGAGCCCAGCGACAGACCUCCGAGCACAGAGAACGUCCCAGCAGAGGAGACAGGCGCCGCUCCUCCCGCUCCACCUCCGCCUCCCCCUCCACCCCUCCCCUCCAACACCUCCGUACCCCCUCCACCUCCACCCCCACCCCUGCCUCAGGAGGUGCCACAUCAGAACAACACCACCUCCGGGACCCCCACACACCCGCGCCGCCCGUCCUCAUCCUCAGGAAAUUUGGACAUUUCCCUCUGUCAGAAAGAGGAGCUAAAGCCCAAACAGAAGACCAGUAAGAUUAAAGGCAGAUCACUGAAGUUCACAGGCGUUACAUCAGGCGCAAAAUCCUUCAACAUGAUGUCCCCCACCGGAGACAACUCGGAGCUGCUGGCAGAAAUCAAAGCCGGGAGGAGCCUGAAGCCCACUCCCCAGAGCAAAGGCUACACCACAGUCUACUCCAACAGCGGGCCCACCGGCACCAACGGGGUUCCGGCCACACCUCCGGAGACGCGUCCCUCCAGCCCACCACCUGCCAAACCACCUUCUCCCCUACCUUCCAACAACCACAACACCAACACACCAUCCGUCCGCUCCACCCCAAGUCCCAGCCCGAGCCCGACCAGCGCCAGAGCCACCAAAACCAUGUCCAGCUCCACCAGCAACGGCCAUCUCCCCUCUAACCCCUCGACCCCCUCUAAUCCCUCGAACCCUUCUAACCCUGUGGCCAAUGGAAACGGCAGCAACAGCUCAGCGUCUGCAGAGACUGUGAGGAAAACUAGUAUGUCCGACGUGGAGGCGCUGGUGCCCACUGUGGACGAGCAGGGGAAGGCCAUACCCGAGUGGAAGAGGCAGGUGAUGGUGCGGAAGCUCCAGGCCAAGAUGCAAGAGGAGGAAGAGGGCAAGCGCAAGUUUGCUGCCACUGGAAACUACCAAUCUCAAGACUGGCACUACUCCCGUGUCCACAAUGCCAUUUUGGGUCCAUUCGGUGAACUGAUGACAGAGGCGGACCUGAACCGUAUCGAGAAACAGAUAGAGAACCUACAGCUGAUGAACAAGGUGUCGGAGGUGGAAAAAGAACUGGAGGCUCUGGAGCGAGAGCUGCACCAGCUUUUACCAGUGUCCGCUGCUCUGAACCAGGCACGCUUCUCAGUCAACCCAAAACAGGUGCAUGGACAAGCUGAGGACCUGCCCGCCUGGUGUAACAAGAUCUCCACCCUCUUAAAAAGUAUGGCCCUACUGCUUUCCACGCUUGGGGGAAAGCAAAUAGACAUCCUUGAGCUUGUUUACGCUCAAGAAGAGAAAAGAAACCCGCCUCCUGCUCAGCCUGCGGGGCCUAACAGUGGAUGCAUAGGCAGGUCCCUGUCCUUCUCCACCAGGGAAGAUGUGGAGAAUGAAAUUAGACAAUGUGGGGUUUCAGUGAAGAACCUUAAGGCCAAUUAUGAAGUGCAGGAUCAACCACAAACUGCAAAUGACAAAAGAGUGUACAAGCGAAAAAUGUCUCUCCCAGUGGUGAGUGAGGUGGAGCACACUGCCAACACGCUUCCACCUCAGACUAACGGAGACUUGGCUCUAGAGGAGUCUCCCACCGCUUCAGUGCAGGAACCAGUGAUCGUGGCCUCUCACGCACCUAAGACUUAUAUCCAAUCUGAGGCUAUGGCUCCCAAUAACUUAGAACACUACGAGAGCCUCACACUGGACCUGUUUAUGCUGGGAUACUUCCAACUGCUCGAAAUGAACAUGUCCCGAAACGAACGCAAAUUUCGCCACCUCUUGUGCUACGAAAUGUUUGAUCGCCUCGGCAGUCAUAAGUGGGAAGUUAUCCGGGACUUCCACCGCGAGGUCAUGUUAGAAAUACAGAAAGGCAAACGUGACUGGGCUGAGGGGUUUGAGGACAUAAAACAGAAGUAUUUUGGCGAUUCUGAAACUUUGGGUGGAGUUUUAACGGCUUCUUUUAACUCCUUCGCGCCCGAACUUGCCCAAGUGCCUGAAACUUUGCCACCACCUCCUUCACAUCCACCUCCUCCUCCACCACCAUCUCACCCAGCGCAUCUAGAGUCAGAACCCCAUCAAAGUGCCCCGCCAACAUCACAACCAGAUCCUGCCCCGCUUGUCAACAGCAAUGUAUCCGAUAGCAUUCAGGGAAAGGAGACAUCGGAUGACCAGAAUAAUCCAACGGCAUCACCAGAUGGGACAGUAGUUGCCAAUGGGAGCAGCUCGGUACAGGACUCGGGGCAGACAACUGACACCGCGCAAGCUAUUGAUGCAACAUGUAAAGCAGAGGCACUUACAGAAGCCAAGGAGGUGUCCAAAUCUGGAGCAGGGACUGAGAACGCCGAUAAACCACGUCCGAGAAAUGGGUCGGACUCCAUAAAGACGAUUUAUGAGCUCAAAGAGUUCAGCAACGAGGAGAUAAUCAGAUACAUAGACCGUAGUUUUGCCUUUUGGAAGGAGAAAGAGGCGGAGAUUUUUGAUAUCUAA